AUGUCCAAAAAUCACUUGGACCUGGAGCAUUUAUAUGUGUAUACAGAAUCUGAUAAGGAUCAAUACUUAUCAGCCUAUUUAUCUUGCUGUCGUUCAUCGAAUUCUGGGACUUCUAACUUAAAUUCGAAGCGUAUAAGAAAUAAUUCUUUAUUAGGGGAAUUUGAAGAGCUUGAAUUAAAGUUUUCCCAAUAUGAUAUGCUAAAAGUUCCUGAAUUCAAGUUUGAAAAAGAAGAUUUAAUUAAAGAAAAAACAAAAAUUACAAAUCUUUUAGGAACACCGUCACCUAGGUCUGGAAAUAAAGAAAUAAGUUUUAGAUUAAAAAGGGAAGUAUUUCCAAUACCAUAUAAAAAAGCUAAAUUUAGAGGUCCUGCUUUUAGGAUUAACUUGGGACCUGGAGAUUAUUCACCAAGUCAAAAGCAAACAAUUUCAGGAGGAUAUUUCCCUAUUGAGUCUAGAUUUGAAGAAUCUUUUGAAGGCAAAGUUGAAUGGUUUUUAAGUAAGAGAAGGAGGAGGAAUUUAAGCUUUUCAAAUAAAAUAAGCGAAAGAAACCAAGACAUGACUCAAUAUUUACCUGAGAAAAAGUCAAAAAUACAUUGCGAAAAGGCAAAUAAGCACAAUAUUACACUUGAAACUGUAAAAGAAGCAAAGAAGAGGAUAGACAAGAUAAAUAGAGAAACAAAAGAAAACAGAUUGAAGUAUAAAAUGCAAAGAUUCAUGUUCAAUGAAAAAAGGGCAGAAUUUAAACAGAUUUAUACAUCAUGGAUUAUUCUAUCAUCAAUUAUUGGGCUGCAUACUAUUAUAUACUAUAAAACAGAAGGAAAGAAGGUAACCAAUAUUUAGAGAAGACGAGCUAGAGUAAAAAAACAAAUUUCAUUUCUUUAUUUAAUAUCAAGAAUUUUAGGAAAACUAAAGCUAUGUUUAUUGAAGAAUAGAAGACUUAAUCUUAUGUGAAAAUUAAGCAAAAAUGUUAUGAGAAUAAAAAAAUGGGUAAACAACAGAAGGUCUUUACACUUGAAAAUUUUGAAUAAUGAAAUCUUUAAGAGGAAAAAGAACCAAAAUACCUUUCUCACGCUUAUGACUCAAUAUUGAAAAUAUAAAAAAGCAUUGCAAGUAGGCCUGAACAGUAUUAUUGAUAUUAAGAAAGCAAGAUUUCAUGCCUUGAUGCUAUUAUGAGUAAAAAUUCAAUCAAAUCUAAUAAAAAAAUACCGAAAAAACGGAAAAAUAAAAGUCGAUAGGCCCGAAAAAUUAAUGCCGCAAAAAGUGAUUGAAGAAAAUCUUCAAAAAUACUAUCGAAACCAAGCAAAAUUAUAUAUUGAAAAAUUUAAUAAAUAUAAAGCUAAAUGCCGAGAAAUUGAUGAGUAUAAAGAAAGAGAAUUGAAAGAAAUUGAAUUUGAUGCCUUACUCUCAGAAAAUAUUAUUGAGGAGCCAACUGAAUGAGUCUACCCUCAAGUUCCGACUUUUAUUUUAUACUCGAAUGAAAAUUUGUUAAAAAAGCGUGUCGUGCAAGUUAUUCAUUUCUAUGCCAUAAACAAAAUUCAAGACGAUUGCCCUUCUCCGAAAAACAUUAACCGAUUGCAAAGAAGAUCUAUUCAAAUAUUCCCCGAAGAGUAUGCCAGAUUUCAAAAUAAAAUAAAGCAUAAAGACACGUCUGAAAGAAGACGUCCUUCUAAUUUCGCAUAA